GUGUCCGCAAAGCCACUGCUGCUCCUCUCCAGGCGCGCAGUGCCAUCCACAAACUUUGAUGAGCUGUAACCUUCACCGAGGGAACAAAACAACCCGGGCUGAAUAACAUUUUAAUAAAAUAUAUUUUCACAGGCUGUGUCCGCUAAUUCGGAUCCAUCAAGAUAUGGAAAGCACUCCGGUGGAAAUAUUCAAAGACGACAAUAAGUGCCUCUCCACGCUGCUGGAGGACUGUCCGCUGAAUUCUUCAGCCUGGAUGUCCGGAUACUCCGAGAGCCGCAAUGUGACCCACGAUGAUAGCUGGGAGCCGGAGGGCAUGUCUCCCAUCAUCCCCAUCAUCACUGCAGUCUACUCCGUGGUGUUUGUGGUCGGCUUGCUGGGCAACUGCCUCGUCAUGUAUGUGAUCAUCAGGUACACAAAGAUGAAGACAGCCACCAACAUUUACAUUUUCAACUUGGCGCUCGCCGAUGCCCUCGUCACCACUACUAUGCCCUUCCAGAGCACGGACUACCUGUUGAAUACCUGGCCCUUUGGUGAGGUGGUCUGCAAGGUGUUCAUCUCCAUCGACUACUACAACAUGUUCACCAGCAUCUUCACUCUCACCAUGAUGAGUGUGGAUCGCUACGUGGCGGUGUGCCACCCGGUAAAAGCCCUGGACUUCCGCACUCCGAUCAAAGCCAAGAUGAUCAACGUGUGCAUCUGGAUUCUGUCGUCGGCCGCGGGGAUACCUGCUUUUAUCCUGGGUGGCACCCAGACAAAGAGUGACAUAACUGAGUGUGCCUUACAGUUCCCAGAGCCGUACGUGUACUGGGACACAUUGAUGAAGAUAUGCGUGUUUGUCUUUGCCUUUGUCGUGCCUGUGCUCAUCAUCACCGUGUGCUACUCCCUCAUGGUCCUGAGGCUGAAGAGCGUCCGCAUGUUGUCCGGGUCGCGGGAAAAAGACCGCAACUUGCGGCGGAUCACGCGGCUGGUGGUGGUCGUGGUAGCUGUGUUUGUGGUCUGCUGGACACCCAUUCACAUUUUCAUCCUUGUCAAGGCGCUCGUAAGCAUACCGGAAACCACCGCCAUCAUGGCUGCCUACUUCUUCUGCGUGGCUCUGGGCUACACAAACAGUAGCCUGAACCCUGUCCUGUAUGCCUUUCUGGAUGAGAACUUCAAACGCUGCUUCAAAGACUUCUGCCUCACGGCCAGACUGAAGGGGGAGAAGGUGUCAGGGAGUAAGAAGAACGCCAGCAGUGUGAGGGAGGCUGCUGUUCCCCUGGAGAACCCAGAUGGGACUAGAAAGCCGGCAUGACUAGCAGUGGAACUGUCAUCAAUUUCCCACAUUGGAAAAGAAGACUCCCAUGAUCUGGGCCUAACGCACGUCACAUCCACAAUGUAGUUUUGACUCUAGUACAGAAUUUAUUUUCAUUCUAACUUGGGGUAUAGCCAGUGCCAACAUUGAUAUGAUUUCAUUUCAGAGAUCAGAUGAAAGUGUCACAUUAUAAACUGUAUUCCUCUCUGAUUCAUAUUUUUUCCUCAUGGCAGAUUGUGUAGAGCAAAUGUAAUUAAAGUUUGUCUUUAACAGUAACCGGACACUGUCCAGUUACAGAGUAUAUUACUAAGAAUGAAAAACCUCAUUGAUAAUAUCACAGUAGGUGAUUUCAGGGGGGAUGAAGGGGGAUGUCAUUCCCGUUGUUAGCACAAUGAUUAUUUUGGAUCAUGGAUGUAUAAAGAGAACUUGAUGCAGCAUUGGAGGCAGGCCCUGUUCGUUCCUGUGCAAGUUGCUCAGUGGCACAUGCAGCCAAGUUAGCUCAACUUCCUGGGUGUAAAAUCACCUGGAUCUUUCACAUGAUCGGGCCCAUAGAGCAAGCAGACCAGAGACUUAGGGCCAAGUCGUAGUUGCCACGCACACAGUUUGUACAGUACAGCUGAUGGUCUGUGUCAGCCCCCAGCAGUAAACCAGACAGCUGAGAGGUGAGCUUAUCUUUCUACUGCAAACACUGGGUGAAAGUGAAAGUAAGAAGAUGCUGCUGGGAGUGAAUGCCAAAUAUUUAACUUUAAACUGACUUUACAGUGGUGCAGCUACUGCAGCUGCCUUGACCGCCAUGUUUUGGACUGGACUGGAGUUUGGAACAAGAGAUUGGAGCAUGCCCGGUCAGUGCGCUUGCUAUGCAUACAGUCCAUGCAGUCACAAAAAAUGGGCUGCAUGCCUACCUCCGUGCAGGCUCCAUUCAGAUGCAGACAUGGGUAGAUGAUGCACAUGGACUAAAACAAACCCUUGCAGGAUGCGGAACUAUGAAUUGGCCAUUUUUGUGACCAUGCAGACGUUAGGCAUGACAAGGGCGUCGACUGCACGUGCUCCAAUUUUCUUGCUCCACACUCCAGUUCAGUCCAAAACACUGCUAUCAAGCCAGCCAUGGCACGCUGUCUCACCACCGUGAAGUUAAUUUCAAAUUGGAUAUUCAAUGGACAUUUAUUUUAGACAUCUUCUCGCAUCUUCUUAGUUUCACUUUCACCCGAUGUCGACAGUAAGUGGACAGUUACCUCACCUCCCAGCCCUCCUGUUUCCUACUGAGGGCUGACGGAAACGUCAGUUGCACUAUGAAUAGAACCCUUUUGCUUGUCCGUGUUACUGCGGCUAUCUUUUGGCAUUCAAUGCGGACAGUAUGUGCAAGCCUUUCCAGCCUAGGCCAAGUGGCUAACCUCCAGCAUAAUUUGAAAUGGGAUAAAAUGAUUUGAUCGUGCUGCUCUUCAAGACUUUAGGCUUGUUAUCAGACCGAAAGGAUCAAAUCCCCACAGUGAAACGAGUCAUUUCUCGGGUUGUGAUGUUCAAAAAACCUUAUCCACCGAUUUAUAGACAUCUCUUUCCAAAAAAUCUUUUGGGGCUCAAUGGCAUCACUUGAUGAACCCAGAUGUUGUAGUUACACAGUUUGGCCACAAUGUGAAAUUAGCUCAAAGUCUGGUGCACUUCCUGGGGGCCUGCCCUUUGCAUGGGUCAUGUGUGAUGGGAUUUCGUCUGUCUGUGCACAUCCAACAUUUUCUCACUAGACGUUUAGGGAGAAACCUGUAUGCAGUAUAAAAGAUCCAAAUGUUACUUUUUCAUGAUUCUGCAUUGACUCAUGUCCAUGGCACCGUCAGUGCGGAAAGCAUAACUGAGGCUUAAGUGUGCUGUGUUUCGAUAAAUCCAUGGCGCUUAAGUAGCUGACGGAUUUGUAAUUUGAGUCCCGCCCUUCUGUCAGUCUCAUCUUGAAUCUAUAAUUUUCACUAAACUAUAUAGCUUACAUCAGUGUUUUUAUGUUUGUUAAUGCUUUCUGCAAUUUUGUUUAUCCAUGUCACUUCUUCCCUAUAAUUCUCUAUAACCAAAUGUGCCUUUAACAGUCCAGGAUAACUCACGUUUGUAGCAGCAGAAAAUGAUUUCAGUAAUGAUUACAGAAUGGGGUCAAACAGCACUUCAUACAUAAUAUUUCUUUUAUACAGUCAACAUGUCGUGGUAGCUGCAUGAAUCACUGACAGCAGAUAUGUGCCAUACUCCUUUUCACCUCUGUGAAGAGUUUGAAUCAUGCUGAUUGACCACAAUGUGAAAGACCUGACUCAUGCUGGACUUUGAAGUCACUGGGAGGUAAACAAACAAGUUUAUCGAUUAGAAAAGUAAAAAAUCCUGGACUUGAAUGUGCUUUUAAAAUUUGACAGAGGGCUCUCUAUCAGCUUUGACUCUGGAGUUGUGUCCAGUUUGAUAAGUUGUUCAAUUCAUGGUAAUCACAUGUGCUUUGUGUGGCGUUUACCAUGAUACAUGUCGUCUUAUUGAAACACUCAUGCUGUUACUGUAGAGAAAUGUUCUAUUAGUGCAAUCUGAAAACAUAAAUACCUGUGGAAACAAAUUGUGCACAUGUUUAAAUACAGUUUAUUCUGUCAACUGUACAGUAUUAUAGUAUGUAUACAAUAUAUUAUUUAAAAAUAACUUUGCACAGAAAUCAUUGAAAUAUACUGUAUUUGUAGCAUGUCGAUCAUUGCUAUGAUAGUAUAAUGCAACAUAGGCAGCCUGUAUGCUUGAUGGACUGUGCUGUUAUUUUGAAUGUACUGCAAAUAGGCUCUAUAUUAUAUAAACAUAUGACCAUAUAUGAUAUUAACUUGUCUAUCUCAUCAGAGGUUUGCUAAUAUUUCAAUAAUUUAGUAAUACAUCCAUUUUCAUAAUCAUGCCGUUUCAUGCUCAUGGCCCUAAACCAGAGCUUUUUGGGUCUGGGAAACUUUUUAUUUUUCAAUAACAAAUCUCUAUGUAUAUAAAUAAAGC